AUGGCUGCGACAGGCGACGGCGUUGGUGAUCGCUCGGCUUCAUGUUCAGAGAGCGAGGGAGAAGGUGAGCGGGAGAAUGAUGACGAGGUACUGAGAAAGAAGUUUGAAGAGAUCAUCGGAAAGUUGAAAAACGGCAGGAGCGAUGAUGCGAAAGAUCUGGCUGAAGAGAUAUAUCAGGGCUAUAGUGACUGUUUGAGCAAGGUCAUGAAAGGAGAAGACCGAAAAACUAUCCUUCACAUGAUAGCCGUUUCGGCACGCAGGAAGGAUAUUGAGAAGUGGUUGCCUAUCACGAGGAAAAUCAUCGAAAACUUCCCCGAAUUGAUGCAAGAGACGGACAAAAUGGGAAGAAAUCCGCUGCAAAAGGCUGUGCAGGGAGGAAGAUCUAGGCUUGUCACUACCAUGUGCGAAGCAACCCCAAAGACGGCUUUCGACAAGAUCGUGCGCAUGAAAGACUCCGAUUCAAACAACAGCCUUCACGAUGCUCUAAAUAAGGAGGAUCCCUCGAGGAUCGCACCAGAACUCAUUCAAAAAAUCAACAAUCCAGACGAGGUGCUUUGCGAACUAAACGGAAAAGGCCUCUCUCCUCUACACAUCGCGGUCGAGUACCAGCAAUGCACGCCUUCUCAGCUUGGAAUUGUCAAGGCCCUCAUUGAGCGCAGCAACAAAGUGCUCGAGGUCAAUGUUCCUCCAACAGAACCGGGCCAACGUUCCGUCUAUCUCCAUCACGAGAAAACACGUCGAGAAGCCGAGAGGACUUCCCAUGUCAAUCUGAACGUGGAGAGCCGACAAAAGCCAGGAGGCAGCGUGAACGACAGAGAGGUGCUCAAUCCACCCAAAGAACCACCGCACAAUAACCCUAUCAUGCGGAGUAGUGCAGCUCCACAUAAAACAACCUCUACAGAGACAAACCUGUCUUACUUGGCGGGCAAAAUGCCUCAGGGCUUCGAGAACCAAGACUUUUACAAGUUUCGACGCUCUUCCAUCACAAAGAACAUCGCAUUCACAGACAAGGGCAUAAACGAAGUAGGCCAACUGGCGGAUGCACCUGGUCAAACCAAAGCUUGGAUAAGCAAACAUGAAGACAAAAAGGAGAAGGUCACGGAACCGUCCGCGAAUGCUAUCAGAGAUCUGCUGAAGCUCCGGUUCAUGUGCGGCCAGAAGAACUCUGAAAAAAUUGACUCAUUCUUGUACGGACCAAAUCCAGAGAAGGAAAUACAGUUCAUUCACCCUGAAGGGCCCAAUGCCAAGACCAGUCACCAAAUACUCGAAGGGAUGAAGCCCUACCUCCACUUCGAAGACACCCUCCAAUACGUCAAAAUCCCCUUCCUGCGGGCCGAAAAGUCAGUGAGAACUUCCUCAUUGAAACUUUCGCCCCGUACGAGUAGCAAGGGUCGGGACGACUACCUGGCUGUAUUCAAAUGGCUCAAGGACAAAGGAGUGAAGCGCAUCGUCGAUUUAGAAGUUGACGAUUACAAAGAGUUCUUUCCCGGCGAUGAGAAGGCAGUUCCUUCUCACAGCGAUGAAGCGAUCGAGAAAGCUCUUGUUGGAAUUGAAGUGCUCAGAUCGUGGACCUGGAGGAAGCCUGAUUUGAGUUCGGAGCUUAUAUUCAGAAGAGCGCCAGAAAUAAGCCAAUUGACUCUGCAUUGGUCGGGCAAUGAUGCUAUCCUGCGCAGCUGGAGUGAAGUGGAGGGCCUGAGGAAGCUCCAAAACCUCAAGAAAGUGGUAAUACUUGCACAGCAGGGACUCGAGACACGUGAUAGAACAGAAGAAAACCUCGAGCAGUUCAAAGACAGACUAAAUGCUGGCAGGCAUGACUCCAAGAUCGAGGUGGAACCGAAAUUCGAAACCCACCGACCCACUUCCAGGAGCGAAAAACAAGUGUCACUGGAAAACCGCCCAAAGCAACAACACGAGUGGUUGAAUGUCAUGGACAGAUUCGCAGACUUCAUCCAAAACGUCGACGUCAAAGACAUACCACGGUUGGUCGACGAGCCCAUACGAGUGGCUCUCAUUGAUGAUGGUAUCGACCCGACGGAGAAGACGCUUCUCGGCAAGGUGGGCGGCGGCCGGAGCUUCUGCAAAAGCGAUGACAUGAGGACUCCCUUCUACGUUACAAGCGGCUGGCACGGGACGAUCAUGGCCAGCAUGAUCUGCAGAGUGUGUCCCAAAGCGCAGUUGUGGGUCUACAAACUCGAGGAAGGCGCCAGCGAAGACAGCAAGAGAACCAUCACAGCAGAGAGCGCCGCACAAGCCGUCGAGGCCGCCGUGAACAAGAAGGUCGACAUAAUAUCCAUGUCAUGGACCAUCGAGAAGACGGGCGAUAACCAGGCCAGCCUCGGCAAAUUGAAAGCCGCGAUCAACAAGGCAGUCAACCAAAACAUACUCCUCUUCUGCGCGGCCAACGAUCAGAUAUCGGACGACGAAAGCUAUCCUGGCUACAUCACACGGGAACAAUUCAAGAUCGGAGCGGCUACCGAGUUCAAGAAAGCGUGGGAGGGCACCGGCGAAAUUCCCGUCAACUACAUUCUGCCAGGCAAGGAUGUCAUCAUGGAGCGUCCAGAGCUGGACGUUCCGCUCGACAAAUGUACCAAAGCCACGGGCUCAAGCGUCUCGACGGCUUUGGCGGCCGGGUUGGCGGCUCUCAUUCUCUACUGUGUGAAGAUGGCUGCCUGCCACUACGCCGCGUCGAACAACCAAGAAGGAAAUCCCAUCACCUUCAACGACUUUCAGAAAUUGAAGAAUUUCAACAGGAUGAACGAAGCUAUCAGUAGGAUCGGGCUAGAGAACAGAUACAUCAAGGUUGACAAAUUUUUUAAAUUCAAAGACAAUCCUGGGGUGAAGUCUAAGGAGGAAAAGCGCGAAAUGGUCAACAAGAUCGCGGGGCGCCUGAUCAUGUCUCAAGAACCCACAUUCUAA